CAGCAAAUCACACAUUACACAUUUGCAACGAAAACCAAUAUUGUGGUUGGCCCAGGCACCUAGAUCUAACAUUAUACAAUGGGCUUGAUAGCGAACAAAUGUUUAAUCUGUAAGCGGUUUAGGUAGGAGAGUGUGUUGGUGACAUAGAGAGAGCGAGCGUCUUCGGUUGUGUAUGAUUCAUCAUGGCGAGUUCUACAGCCGUCCCCUCAUCAGCAGCGAACGCUCCAUCUCUCAAGGGCUCUGGUAAAGAUGUAUCCACCAGUAACGGUAUGGAAGACAGUGUCCACAGCUUCAAGGCGGCUGAUCUGGUCAUUGAGCUGUCCCAGACCCACAAGGCCAAACCUGACCUGACCAAUCUGGUGUUUGGAACUGUGUUCUCUGACCACAUGUUGACCAUAGAGUGGACCAGCAUUGGAGGCUGGCAGAAACCUCACAUCAAGCCCUUUGGUAACCUGUCUCUCCACCCGGCCUGCUCAGCCAUGCACUACGCUGUGCAGUUGUUUGAAGGUAUGAAGGCAUACCGAGAUGCUGAUGACAAAGUGCGUCUCUUCAGACCCAUGCUCAACAUGAACCGUAUGGCCAAGUCUGCAGAGAGGGCCUGCCUGCCGGCCUUUGACAGGGCAGAGUUGGUAGAGUGUAUCAGGAGGCUGGUACAGGUGGAUCGGGAGUGGGUACCCCAGUCAGACUCUGCCAGUCUCUACAUCCGACCCACCUUCCUGGGUACUGAGCCAUCUCUAGGAGUGAAGAAGCCGUCCCGUGCUCUGCUUUAUGUGAUCCUGAGUCCUGUUGGUUCCUAUUUCAGUACAGGAGCUAAGCCUGUCUCUCUCUGGGCUGACUCCAAAUACAUCAGAGCCUGGAGAGGAGGGACUGGAGACUGUAAGAUGGGAGGGAACUAUGGAGCGUCUAUCUACGCCCAGUAUGAAGCAGUGGAUUAUGGGUGCCAGCAGGUCCUCUGGCUGUACGGAGACGACCAUCAAAUCACAGAGGUCGGAACCAUGAACAUGUUCCUCUUCUGGAAUAAUGAGAAUGGAGAGGAGGAGCUGGCAACGCCCCCUCUGGAUGGAAUAAUCCUACCUGGGAUCACGCGGCAGAGCAUCCUGGAACUCACCAGGAAAUGGGGGGAGUUUAAGGUGUGUGAGCGGUACCUGACCAUGGCAGACCUGCGCUGUGCUCUGAAAGAGAACCGUGUUAAGGAGAUGUUUGGCUCUGGUACUGCAUGUGUGGUCAGUCCUGUGGGACGCAUACUCUACCAGGGAGAGAACCUGCAUAUCCCCUGCCAGGAGGGUUUCCCCCAGCUGGCCUCUAGACUGAUGAAGGAGCUCACAGAUAUACAGUACGGCCGAACCCAGAGUGACUGGUCUGUCCUCGUGUAACCAAGACACAGUGGUGUGGGUAUCUGGGACAAGCACACACAAACUGCAUAUGCACACACACACACACACACACACACACACACACACACACACACACACACACACACACACACACACACACACACACACACACACACACACACACACACACACACACACACACACACACACCAAAUAACCAGCCGGCAGUGUAACCUCUAUAUUAGUACAAUCUUGUGUGUGGGUAAACUCUUUUAAAUGUGCAAUAAUCUUAGUCAGAUUGCAGUAUACUGGAUGUUCAGUUUGAAAUCCCAUAGGUUCAGUAGCAAUAUAAUUGCACUCUAACUCUGCUCAAAUUGUGCAUGACCUCCCCAUUCACACACCCUGCCCUGCCCUGGUGUGGCAGCCCUGCUAAAGGGUUAACUCUAAAAUAUUACCAGCAGAAAUACCAAUGACCAGCAACUAAUGUUAAACCACUUUGACUCAAUAGACCUUUAAAAGGGUCAUGUUACGUAUGCAGAUGUUAUGUAUUUCACUAUCGUUACACGCAAGUCUGUGUUUGAACCGUGUCGUGCGAAAACUUUAUUUUCUGAAUAUGGUAUUUCUAUUUUUAAUAGAGGAUUUUAGAAUUUUAUUUUGAACAAUUAUAUACAUUUUAAAUUGAGCUUAAAUUACGGAGCAAGUUUAUCGUGGAAAGCACUUGAGUACUGCUAAAAGAGAAUGAUGAAUGAAUUAAAAGAGGGUAAUGGAAAUAACCCCUAAUAUAUCAGAGUGAGAGAGAUCCCUGACGUCUGAAGCUUGGAACCUAGAGUGGUAGAAUGAUACACAAACCACUGGUAUCAAAGAAAGCACAAGUCGAAGUAGCACUACAAGCAGUAAAAUCAUUCCACGCCAGUUGCUGUGCACAAUCAAGUGUGUGAUGCUUAAUGUCAAAAUGUAUGUUAUAUCUACAACCUGUUGAUGGUGACGUCUAAUCAAACAUAAUACUGGCCAUUUGUGUAGAGAUGUACUAUCUUUGAUCAAUGUCUGUCAUUUACUGUAGACCUGUAUUGACCUAAAUUUACGGUAGACCUUGAUUGACCUCUCUCUCUAUCUGCACAAUAUCUGUUUUAUGUAAAGUUCUAUAUAUACUUAGAUGGAAGAGAUAUAUUUAUGUAAUCGAUGCAAUGCGUUGAGUGAUACAAUAUUGCCUAUUCUGAUGAUCCAAAUAAAUAAAUACUCACCAAAACAUA